AUGUUGACAGUUGUAUUUGGAUUAGGCCUCUUGAUCCUUCUCGCCGACACGUGGCUUCAUGUAGUCACCGAAACGGUCAGUAUCUCCAGGUCGCUUAGAUUGACCGGAGUGGGCAGCUUCGACGGCAAAAUUAAAAAUUUUGUUCCAAACGCUGUCGACCGGGUCCAGGACGAGGAGAUCGAAAACGCAAUAAAGUAUCAAGGCACAUCUAUGUCGGGAGGUUACUGGAGCACGCAAUUAGCUUAUGAUUGUGGUCUGGAGCACUCAGCAGGAAACAUAAUACCUUGUUCAUUAGGAUAUGGCAUUAACAACACCAAUACGUUGAAAGAUUAUGGCAAGGUGAACCAAUUUCUCUCCAAUUCCUCUAGCACUUUCAAUCCUCAGAUUACACAGUUUUCGAAUGCUGGUAUCAAUUCGACAAUGGUAUUGAUUGUGCCUGCCGAUAUCCAACAGAAUUCAGAUUCUCCCCUGGACUUCACGGCGCACACCUAUGGUGCCAGUACGACCUGCAAGCCUGUGACAGAGCAGUGUGACAUGAGCUUGUCGCUGAACUAUACUUUAGCCGUCAAUUGUGAUAAGGCUGGCUCAACAUAUCAACAAUCCGUGGGCAUUGGCAACGAAUCUUCCCCGUUCGAAAACCAUACACUACAUUCCGAUCCUAGGUACACAAAACCUAUCCCUUGGAACACGCCUUACCCUCAGGACAGCGGUGGUACCAAGUAUUUACCAACUUUGAACAUGACAAACCCGUCAUAUCCAGUAGUUGCCAUGGCAUCGGUCAAUUUCAACGAGGAAUCUGACCUCACUAUCGUGACCGAAAAUGCUGCUGGUGAAAGGCAGUUCUUGGGCAUGGUGCUGUUUUGCAGUCACACCAUCUGGGCCACGAAUUACACAUUCCUCAACAACUCCUGGCUCGUCAAUGAAGCGGCGCCAGCAGAUAUCCAAGUGGCCAACAUCACAAACAUCCCCCUAAUGCUCGGUUAUCUCCAACCAUACUUCCAUUACCGCGUAGACGACGUCCUAGCCACCGACAUCCUAGACGCCGGACUCCAGCCGAACGUAACCACACAAGCACUAGCAGACAAAUACGCCCUCGCAUACAGCCAAGCCUCCAUGGCCAUCCUCUCAGCAAAUCUGAGAACCACACCAGUCCACUCCGCUCAGAUCCGGCACAAUCUGCUCGUGGCCAGAGUCCCCAAAGCGCCGCUCUUCUGCCUCGUCGUGCUCAACUUUCUGUACGCUGCACUCGGUCUCGGACUCACACUUUAUGCGCUCCGAGCGGUGCGCAGGGACGAGGCUGUCAUCGAUGUGCAAGCACGGCUGAGCGUGGCGGGACUGACGGCUGAAUGUUUCGAGGACGGGGAGGUGGUGGGGGGGAAAGUGGAUGCCUCGGAGGAUUUGUUUGGGGAAAAGAAAGGACGCGGGGGAGGGAGGAUUGGAGUGAGGUGGUGUUCUGAUGGGGAAGGUGACGGCGGGGGCGGGGGCGAGGAUGGGGUGGAGAGUGGGAGUGAUGGAAAUGAAAUACGACUGAGAGGGAGAGGGUGGAGGUUGAGGCGUUAUGAUGUCGAUGAAGGAGCAGAGAUCGAGAGCAAAGAAGAGGAGAAGGAGGAUGCUCACGACAGAAUUGAUUUAGUGUAA